AUGGCCGCGCACACCCCGAUCUCCGCCUCCUUUCUACCUGUAUUCCGAGGUAUCGCUCCGCGGUAUAGCAGCAGCAGCACCAUCUUAUCGAGCGUGCCAAAUCUUGACUGCUCGAGCUUCAGCGCAUUCCAGACGUGCAGCUCCAACGGCGCCUACAGGAGCUGUCUAGCGAGCACGUCGGCCGGACUCUGCAACUGCAACGACGGCGUCCAGUAUCUGGGCUGCGUCUCCGCCGCCAUCGCGACCUCGAGCUGCUCUAGUGUCGCGGGCGCCAAUGACUGGGACGCCUACGAGCGGUCGUGGUUCUGA